GAGCUACGCGUAUGGGUUUCUUGCCUAGCUCCCAGCACCCAGCUCUCCAGUAGUACAGCGGGUUAGGAAACAGCAGCUGCGAUUGUGGUGACAGCGUCCCAGGCCCGUUCUCAGCCUUCCCAAACCUCAAUUCAUUAAUCUGCCACCACUCUGUGCUGCCCUCGCCCAACCACGCCCGAAGUCCACAACAUUGCCGUCGUAAAUACAGAGAUUCAUUUCCAAAAGGCAGCUUGAACGAACACACAUCCCAUCAUGUCUCGCCGUUACGACUCCCGAACAACCAUCUUCUCCCCCGAAGGUCGUCUCUACCAGGUCGAAUAUGCGUUAGAGGCCAUCUCCCACGCCGGCACAGCCAUCGGCAUUCUUGCAAAAGAUGGAAUCGUCCUGGCUGCUGAGAGAAAGGUGACGUCGAAGCUGUUGGAGCAGGACACAUCGGCAGAGAAGCUGUACAUCCUCAACGACAACAUGAUCUGCGCUGUCGCAGGUAUGACAGCCGACGCCAACAUCCUCAUCAACUACGCCCGACAAGCCGCCCAACGCUACCUACUCACCUACAACGAGGACAUCCCCUGCGAGCAGCUUGUCCGAAGACUAUGCGAUCUGAAGCAGGGAUACACACAACAUGGUGGUCUGCGGCCGUUUGGUGUCUCGUUCAUCUACGCCGGGUGGGACCCCCAGAGACAGUUCCAGCUCUACCUCAGCAACCCCUCUGGCAACUACGGCGGCUGGAAGGCGACAAGUGCCGGCGCCAACAAUGCCAGCGCGUCCAGCCUGUUGAAGCAAGAUUACAAGGAGGACUGCACGUUAAAGGAGGCAUGCGGCAUGGCGGUCAAGGUGCUCAGCAAGACGAUGGACUCGACCAAGCUAAGCAGCGAGAAGAUCGAGUUUGCUACGGUGGGACAAACCGAGGACGGCAAGAUCUACCACAGACUCUGGAGCGCAGACGAGAUUACGACACUUCUGAAGGAGCACGAUCUAGCCAAGAACGAGGAUACUGAGGACAAAUAAGUGGCAUGGGGCCGCUAUCGAGCUGUAUCACGACAUGAAAUGGAGUCUAGGCAUGCAUCAUAGAGCCAAUGUACUAAUACCACGCUGAUUCAUGAUGAUUAUGACAACCAGUGCUUUGCAUCUUA